UCCUCUGGAUGUACCUAUGAAUUGCGCGGAUUCCUCACGAUGCAGCCCUUGGCCGGCACUUUACUCAUUAUCGGCUUGAUUUCGGGUUGCCUAGCACUAGGGAGAGAAUGUAAAUGUGCAAGAAAUCAGUUUGCAUGCGCUGUCAUCACCAGGGGAGAAUGUACAUGCAUUCCCGAUGAAUGGACCUGUGAUGGCGAUGAUGACUGUGGAGACGAAAGUGAUGAAGUAGACUGUACUCUUCCCACCUGCUCUAAAGAUGAAUUCACCUGUCACAAUGGCAAAUGCAUAAGAGCUAGUUGGGUCUGUGACUCCGAUAACGACUGUAAUGAUGCAUCAGAUGAGUUCGGUUGCCCACCCAGAAACUGCUCUGAAAGUGAAUUUCGUUGUGCCAAUAAUAACUGUAUCCGAAAACGUUGGCAUUGUGACGGAGAUGAUGACUGUGGGGACGGCUCUGAUGAAAUUUGUGUUCAUCAUACAUGUUCAGAAACCGAAUUUACCUGUACUGAUGGCAACUGUAUAACAGCAGUGUGGAGAUGCGAUGGUGAUCAGGACUGUAUGGACGGCUCAGAUGAAUUCAACUGUCCUACUCACACAUCAACCUGUGAGACAGACCAGUUUAUGUGUUCAUACGGUCGCUGUAUACUUAAAUCCUAUGAGUGUGAUGGCGAAGAUGACUGUGGUGACCUUAGUGAUGAAAUUGAUUGUCAAUCUAGAACACGACAACCAUGCAGAGAUAAUGAAUUUAGAUGUAACAGUGGUCAGUGUAUAGUGACAGCAUGGGUUUGUGAUGGUGACUAUGACUGUGAUGACCAUGCUGAUGAAACAAACUGUCCUACUCCUAGUUGUUCAUCAGAUCAGUUUAGAUGUGACUCGGGUAGAUGUAUUCGUAUAGCAUGGAGGUGUGAUGGUGAACUAGACUGUCAGGAUAACAGUGACGAAGCUGACUGUGGUUUAAUGGCAUGUUCUGAUGAUCAGUAUCAGUGUGAUAAUCAAAAAUGCAUCGGAAAACAAAAAAUGUGCAAUAGACGAGAUGAUUGUGGUGAUGGGAGUGAUGAAAGACGAUGUAUUUAUGAUGACAGACCCGCUGUGGAAUUUUGUGCAUCACAAAAUGGUGGGUGUAUGCAUAAGUGUAUUGAUUUAUUUCCUGGUGUCCAGUGCUCGUGUCAUGAAGGCUAUGUUUUAUCAUCCAACCUUAAAGACUGUCAAGACGUAAACGAGUGCAAUAUUGAUGGCAUAUGCAGUCAGGUUUGUGUGAAUACUAUUGGUUCAUUCAAAUGCUCAUGUGUUAAAGGUUAUGAACUCAAGCCAGAUAAGAAGGGAUGCAAGGCAUUAGGUCCAGAACCUUACCUAUUAUUUGCGAACAGGAUUGAUAUACGGCGUGUGAUGCCAGAUAAAUCAGACUAUACCUCUAUACUUGGUGGAUUAGAAAAUGCCAUAGCUUUAGACUUUCAUUCUCAAAAACAAUUAGUAUUUUGGUCAGAUGUCUCAUUGGACGUUAUUAAGCGAGCAUAUCUUAAUGGUAGUGCUUCUUUGGAUGUGAUAGGUACAGGACUUGAAAGUCCAGGUGGCAUUGCCAUAGAUUGGGUCAAUGAUAAGCUGUACUGGACAGACUCUGGAACUUCUAGAAUAGAAGUAGCAACAUUAGAAGGAGGUUACAGAAAAGUGAUUAUUUGGCAGAAUUUAGAAAAACCCAGAGCCAUUGCACUGCAUCCAGGUGAAGGUACGAUGUAUUGGACAGAUUGGGGGAACACACCCAAAAUAGAAUGUGCAGCAAUGGAUGGAACAAGUCGUAGUGUAAUUGCAGAUACAAAUUUAUACUGGCCCAAUGGAUUAACAAUUGAUUAUGCUGGGUAUAGACUGUACUGGGUGGAUGCUAAACACCAUGUCAUUGAAAGUUCGACUCUGGAUGGUAGAAACAGACGAGCUGUCAUCAGUCAAGGUCUGCCACACCCAUUUGCUAUCACACUAUUUGAAGAUUACAUUUAUUGGACUGACUGGCAUACUAAGAGUAUUAACAGUGCAAAUAAAUUCACUGGUAAUGAUGUUGAGACGAUUCACUCAAGACUUCAUUUUCCAAUGGACAUUCACACAUUCCAUCCACAGAGGCAACCUGCAGCUAUAAAUCGUUGUGGUAAUGAUAAUGGCGGCUGUAGUCACCUCUGUCUGCCCAACAUGAUAUCCUAUUCCUGUGCAUGUCCUACAGGAUUUAAGAUGUUAGAAAAUAACAAGACAUGUUCAGAAAAACUAGAACUUUUUCUGGUGUUUGCAAGGAGGACUGAUGUCCGACGAAUAUCACUUGAUACGGAAGAGUCGUCUGACGUAGUUAUACCGUUACGUGAUUUACAUAGCGCUGUAGCAUUGGACUGGGAGAGGACUGGUGAACAUAUCUAUUGGACGGAUGUCACAUUAAACACAAUUAAUAGAGCCAAAUGGGAUGGCAGUGAACAGGAGGUUGUUGUUGCCACCAGUAUGGAGAGUCCAGCUGGCAUUGCUAUAGAUUGGAUUACAAAGAAGAUCUACUGGACUGAUGCUGGAACAGAUAGAAUAGAGGUUUCAAACUUAGAUGGUUCAAUGAGAAAAGUGUUGAUCUGGGAAAAUCUUGAUAGACCAAGAGAUAUCAUCGUGGAUCCAAUUAGAGGGUAUAUCUAUUGGACAGAUUGGGGAGUAUCACCUAAGAUCGAAAGCAUUGGUAUGGAUGGUUUGGAUAGAUUGUCUGUGAUAUAUGAAAAUCUGACAUGGCCAAAUGGUUUAGCUAUUGAUCACGAAAGAGAAAAACUAUACUGGGCUGAUGCAGGACUUAAAACGAUAGAAUAUUCUGAUCUAGAUGGUAGAAAUAGAAUGAUGCUCAUUGGCACUCAACUGCCGCAUCCUUUUGGUUUGACGCUGUACAAGGAUAAAGUGUUCUGGACAGAUUGGCAAUCUAAAAGUAUCCAGAGUGCUAAUAAGUUGACAGGAUUGGGACGACAGACAGUCAUAUCUAAUUUAGAGAAUCUAAUGGAUAUUCACAUGUAUCAUCGAGAUAGAAUAGAUGUGCCUUCAAUGUGUCAUAUCAAUAAUGGCGGAUGCAGCCAUCUUUGUCUCUUAGCACCGUUACCAAGGGGAUACAGUUGUGCAUGUCCUACUGGAAAGAUUAUGAAUCCAGAUGGAAAAACAUGUCAGUCAGGAAUGAAGAAUUUCCUAAUAUUCGCCUGUCGUACUGAUAUUCGUGCUAUAUCCCUUGAUGUGCCCUAUUAUGCUGAUGUUGUACUGCCAUUGGGUGAAAUGCAAAAUGCCAUAGCAAUCGAUGUAGAUGUUGUCAACCAAUAUGUUUACUGGACUGACAGUGUGAUAGAUAAAAUCAAACGGGCAACUAUGGAUGGACAGAAUGUAGAAGAAAUUAUUGGAACAGGUCUGGAAACGACAGAUGGUUUGGCGAUAGACAAUGUUGGCAGAAAGAUGUACUGGACAGACACUGGUACCAAUAGAAUUGAAGUGUCUAAUUUGAAUGGUACACAUAGAAAAGUUUUGAUAUGGGAGAAUCUAGACAGCCCAAGGGCUAUAGCACUCUUUUAUGAUGCUGGGUACAUGUAUUGGACUGACUGGGGCAGUGAACCAAAGAUUGAACGGGCUCAUAUGGACGGGAAUGAAAGAUCUGUCAUCAUUUCUACCAAUAUAGGAUGGCCAAAUGGUUUAACAGUAGAUAGGGCUUCAUCUAGACUUGUUUGGGCUGAUGCAAAAACUGAGUUGAUUGAAUCUUGCGAUUUGGAUGGCAAUUAUCGUUUAGUGUUACUGCGGGAAGUACCACAUCCAUAUGGUUUAACAGUGACAGGACUGUUCAUUUAUUGGACAGACUGGAAAACUAAGAGCAUACACCGUGCACGUAAAGAAGACGGCUCAGAUAAAAUAACCAUUAAAACUAAUAUUCCAGAUUUGAUGGAUAUACAUGCUGUACAAGCUGGUGAUGUCCAUGGUGUGGAUAGAUGUGGGAAAGAUAACGGUGGAUGCAGCCAUCUUUGUUUACCUAAUCCGAAUGGGUAUUCGUGUGCGUGUCCUACUGGAAUAAGAAUGAAACCUGAUGGACAGAAUUGUGCAGAUGCUCCCAAUACAUAUUUAUUGUUUGCUAGUCGUGAUAGCAUUCGCCGUAUUUCAUUCGACACGCCUGACUAUUCGGAUGUAGCUCUACCACUGCCCGAUCUUCAUAAUGCGAUUGCAUUAGAUUUUGACAGUAUUGAAGGAAAGAUAUAUUACACUGAUGUGUUCCUGGAUGUAAUCAGACGUGCUGAUUUAAAUGGCAGUAGAAUGGAGACAUUAAUCUCUGAUGACUUGACAACAGCUGAUGGUCUCGCCGUAGACUGGGUGGCAAGAAAUCUAUAUUGGACUGAUACGGGUCGUAAUAAGAUUGAAGUGUCCCGACUCGAUGGCACUUGCAGAAAAGUACUUGUAUCAGUCAAUCUAGAUGAACCUCGGGCCAUUGCUCUUUAUCCAAGAAAAGGAUAUUUGUUCUGGUCUGAUUGGGGGAUGCAGCCACACAUAGAAAGGGCAUAUUUGGAUGGGUCUGGUCGGAGAACUUUGAUCAGCACCGAUUUAGGAUGGCCCAAUGGUCUGACAGUCGAUUAUGAUUCAAAAAGAUUGUAUUGGGCAGAUGCGCAACUUGAUAAAAUUGAGACUUCAGAUCUAUCUGGAAGAAAUCGUGUUUUACUAACAGGAGAUGUCAUACACCCAUUUGGAUUAACAUUGUAUGGUGAUAUGCUGUAUUGGACAGACUGGCAAACCAUGGCGAUAGAAACAGUCAACAAGAAUAACGGCAAAGACCGAGGUAGUAUACAGGGACAUAUGGAAGGAUUAAUGGAUAUACAUAUGGUGUCGGCACUCAGACAACCGGGUAACACAAGUCCAUGUGCUGUAAACAAUGGUGGAUGUUCUCAUCUGUGCCUUGUGAGACAACAAGACUAUGUGUGUGCAUGUCCAGACUACUCUGAUGGCACACCUUGUCAUAUUGAUGGGACUAGUGAAAUUCAGUCAGUCAGUCCUAAUGAUAAAUAUCAUCCAUUUACAAAGCACCCCUUGGACAAGACUUCGCAGCGUCCUAAUGAAUUCCCAGAAAUGGAAAGCAAUAGUACAUAUUUACCUGGGUGUAGCAUAGAAGAUGAAAUUGCAGGUUUGUGUGUUCAUCAACGACCAAUGCAGUCUACUCAAGUUAAUCAAAUUCCUGAAUAUAUCUAUGUUAUUCUGGCAUUAUUUAUUGUAUUAUUGCUCAUGGUGGCACUGUUAGGACUCGUCUUAUGGAGAAGAAGAAAAAGGAGUGCUAAUAGAAUAAUUGUAAAUAGUGGUAAUAUCUUUGCUAAUCCCACCUAUAACAGUAGUGAAAACCGUGUCAUUAUUGCCAAGAGGGAAAGGGAUAUGAGGACAUGGAGAUACUAUGCUAAAGAGGACCGCUUAUCAAGUGCGAACUUAUUGGAGAAACUAAACAAUCGGGAAGCUGCAGGUGGGAAAAAUGUCACAAAAUCUGAUGUUGCUGAAGCGGUUUGUGGCAUUGGAGCGGCUGCUGUAGGAGUAUCUGGUGUACAAGGCGAGGCUGCAUGCUGUUCAUACAAUGAUUUGCCCAUGAAAAAAGACAAUAUGGGAAAUUUAUAUGUGGCUGCGCGGACAAAACCUAUGAACGAAGACCCACAGUCUGAUGAAGAUGUUAUGUACGACGAUGACAGUGACGUUAGUGACAACAUAGAGGAAUAUGAACCAGAUGAUAAACCACCGUGUACUGUGAACUUGGAAACCGAAAUUUGAGAAACAAAUAUGGUGAUUGGCUUGUCACAUCGUGAAAUGUACAUAGAUGUAUGAAAGCCAUUAUGAAUCCACCUACAUGUUAUAAUGACUGCGCCUUUUUGAUGAAAAAACAUUCUGAGAAGUCGUAUGUGCUGCUGCGAUGAAUUUGUUUGCUUUGGAUGUGUUGAUAAAUUAAAUUAAACAACAAAAUUAUUCCAUUAAAAUGACAAAUGGAAUGAAUAUUUUGUGUUUUUUUAUUUUUUUAAUUUAUUGAUUAUUUUUAUUACAUAGAUAUGCAUAUAAAUAUUUACAAAUGUUGACAUUUAGUAUUGUUUUAAAGUCGUACCUCAGUUUGCUGUGUUCUCAACAUAAUUUUUUUUAUUGUUUUGUCAUAUACUGUCGGUAUAUGUAAUCACACUUACGUUUAUGUAAAAUAUAUAUAUUUUUUAAAGAGGAGCAGCGAUAGGUGAGAUUUACCAAACAAACAAAUAAUAGAUUGUUACCUGUUUUUAAAAUUGUUUGAUCCAAUCAAACAUGAGUAGAUGUAUAUUUUUUUUUAAUAACAGAUUGUAAUACAGCCAACUGAAUACAAUGUAGUCUUAUAUUUAAUUGAAUGUUCAAGAUUAAGAAGAGAGGCCAAGGGGAAAACUACAAUAAUAAUUUAGGUCAUAGGUCAUUCAAGCCUCUAGCGAUGUAAACUGCAGUUAGACAAAUACUGUAAUAGAUAGAUGAAAGCUUUCAACUCUCUUCUAUUGCCAGUGAUGAAUAUGUAGCGAGUAUUCGAAUUAUAAUAUUCUAAUCAAAUGAAAUACAAUUUUAACAUAAUUUUUCUUGACUUCAUAAAUACUGUCAUUGCAUUUUCAAUAUAUUUCAAGUUCUAAUUUAUAUUGAGAUUGCGUAUUUCAGUAAAUGAUGGAAAAUCAGUUGAUGAAAUAAUGAUCUCUGACACUCGCUCAAAACUCAGCAUAAAUUAGUGAUAAUUUGUUUUUGUUUUAUGUAAACUCAGAGGAUAUAAUUAUGUGUCAGAAAUCAGUAUUAUUAUUUUUCUAUACAAAACGGUAUUUCAGCUAACUUCAUUGUAUAUUGAUUGUAUUGUAGUUUUGAUAAAUGUAAAGCCUUAGUAUCCCGGGGGUGGGAUGUGUUUGAUGACCAAUCAGCUAUAUUUUAACUGUGAAUAUUAAUGACGUAUUUAAUUAUGCUACCAUCAUAUAUGAUAUUAAAUUCUUAGUGUACUACAUGGCACUAAUAUGCAGGCACAGAAUUACUUCAUGGACUGCUCAAAUUCUGUACCCUAUUUCCUGUUGUUUGCAAUAGAUAAAUAUAUACUUAUAUAUACUUAUAACAGGUGUGAUAUGAAGCUAUAUCAAAUUUAAAACGUUUUGUAAUUCCCUUCUUUGUAAGUGUGAUUGACUGCCAAGUAUUAUCAAGAUUAUGAUGAUAAAAAAAUAAUUAAUUAUUAAUGUUACAUUUACUAUUAAAUUUUUUUUAUACUGAAACCCAUUGAAAGGUUCUGCUUGCGAUUUGAUACUUCUUAUCUGAAAAGAUAAAUGAAAAAAAAAAAUGUCAACAGUUUCCGAUUUUGACAGGAUUUUGUUAAUAUUCAGAUAUAGCUUUUUUUUCAUUCUUCAAUUCCUAUAUUUGAUACAACUGUAUUUUCGAUAGGUCAAAGGUUUGUAAUGUUUAUAUAACUAAUUAUAUACUGUAUUCAAAGAUACUCAAAGUUGUAACUGAACAAAUGUGAAAUUAAUUAUAUAUGCCGUAGAGUCAAAUUCCUCUGUUCUCUGGAAUUGUCCUGAUAUUGUUUGUUCAUCUUAAGGAUGGAUUAAUUUGGUCAUAUUAUUUCUGCGCGACUGAUACAGAGGGUGGAUAAAUGUAAGGGCUGACAACUUCUUUAAUGAUGGGUGAUAUACAAUGAAAUCUCCUUGAAGCUAUGUAGUGGGUUUGUCUGUAUGACAAUUAACAUGACUGUAUAUAUAUAUAUAUAUAUAUUUGUAAACACAGAUAUCAAUUCAUAAUUCUGUUAGAAGUAAUUCUAGAAACUCAUCACUUAGAUGACGGAAGCUAAAAAACAACAGUAUCAGAUUUCCAAUGUGAUUUCAAUGAGACUUGCAUCAGUUGUCCAAGAAGUUGUUUACCCGUUCUUUUAUUUGCCCUUUGUGGUCACUGGAUAGAUGUUUAAAUUGUUGAAACUCUGUAGCUAAUACACUGCAUGUAAAUGUUGUCUAUUUCAGCUGUGCUGUUAGAUUACAAUGUACAGGUAUUAUUUAU